AUGAAGUUUCUUGGGAGUCUGGUUGCUGCAACAUGCUACCUGGCUUGCCAAGUCCAGACAAGGGCAGUGUUUGCUCAUUUUAUGGUCUCCAAUACGGCUGGAUAUAAAGUGGCAGAUUGGGAGGACCAUAUGUCCGAGGCCAUCCAUGCGCAUAUUGAUGCGUUCGCCCUCAACAUUGCCAAUGAUGAGAGCACUACCGAGGCUUCCCUGGGUAAUGCUUUCCUGGCGGCCCAGAAUAUCGGGUUCCGACUGUUCUUUUCGUUUGACUACGCCGGGAAUGGCCCCUGGGACAAGGAGAAAGUGAUCGAACUUCUCAAUGCCUACGCCGGCACCUCGCUGACCUACUGGCAUCACAACGACCAACCCCUAUGCUCCACAUUUGAAGGACCAGGCAAUGCUGCCGACUGGGCAGACAUUAAGAAGGAGACAAACUGCUUUUUUGUGCCAGAUUGGUCAUCCUUAGGAGCUAAGGUUGCGAUGGAGCAAGCCGAUGGAGUGGCGGAUGGUCUCUUCAACUGGGCUGCCUGGCCAUAUGGACCAUCGGACAUGGAUACCUAUACGGAUGCCUCCUACCAGCAGUUCCUAGGAGGUAAGCCGUAUAUGAUGCCCGUUUCACCUUGGUUCUUUACCAAUAUGCCGGGAUAUGAUAAAAAUUGGAUGUGGCGCGGGGACGACCUCUGGUAUGAUCGAUGGCAGCAGGUUAUGUAUCUGGCGCCGGAAUUUGUGGAGAUCAUUUCCUGGAACGAUUAUGGCGAGUCCCAUUAUAUUGGGCCGGGUUACGACAGCCAUAACGAACUAGCCAAUGCCACCUACGUGGCAUUCGGCGACGGAUACGGAGAUUCGCCCUUCAACUACGCCCUAGCCUAUGAUCAUAGCGGCUGGCGAGCCUUUCUCCCCUUCCUCAUUGACAAUUAUAAAAAUAACGUCACUACAAUUACGGAGGAAGGCCUAUCGGCAUGGUAUCGGCUCAAUGCGGCCGGAGCUUGUGCGUCCGAUGGUGGCACGACCGGGAAUACAGUGAGCCAGCUACAGCUAGAAUAUAAGGUAAAGAAUAUCGUUCAGGAUAAGAUCUUCUACUCUGCGCUGUUAGGUUCCCCAGGCGACGUUACCGUCACGAUAGAUGGUGUGGACCUAGGCGCUACUUGGACUCAUACCCCUAGCGGCAACGCGGGCAUCUAUCACGGUAGUGUAGCUUUCACAGGCCACUCCGGGGGUGUGGAGAUCACAAUCACUCGUGCUGGAAGCACCCUAGUCUCCCUCGAUGGAGAAUCAAUCUCUAGUGGGUGUUAUAACACCCUAGGCGUCGAAAACUGGAACGCUUGGGUCGGUAGUAAGAUGGCUGGAAACUCGAUAUCUGUCAAGUCUCCCUCGCUGGCCAAUCAGGUCUGCAUUCAGGGCUGGGGCAAAGGUAACUUUGCCGGGUUGUGUGAGUUCACCUGCAGCCUAGGGUACUGUCCUAUAGGCGCCUGCGUGUGUUCGAAGAUGGGACCCCGGGCUAAGAUGCCUAUAGCCACAGGCAUUCAAGGAUAUCCCACUUCGGGCGAGAGCGCUAGCUAUAGCGGUCUAUGUUCCUUUGCUUGUAAUUACGGCAAUUGCAUUGCGGGUGUGUGUGGCACUGUUGAGGUACCGCUUACCGUGCCCACGGUGUCACCUUUCGUCGCGGAUACCUGCACGGCCGGCUCCGGGUCGGGCGCCUUAGCCGGCCUGUGUAGCUACGCGUGCAAUGUGGGAUAUUGCCCUAUCCACAACUGCACCUGCACAGCCACGGGUCCCUUGAACGUCCCCCCAGCCGCCAACACUAGUAUCACUGGCCUUUCCACCGUCGGUGGCGACAGUGGACUCUGCAAUUUUGCCUGCACACGGGGCUACUGCCCCAGUCCCACUUGUGUUGACAAUACAGAUAUUCCGGCCGGCUGUGCGAAUGAAGAUGGGUCGGACCCCGCGUGCGCCGAGCCCGAGGUCUGCGACUUCACCAAGACUUUCCCCACGCUGGAUAUGCUGGAGGCCACGAUGGAUGCGCUGGAGAUCGUGAUGCACAACCUGGAUCCCGCAUGCGUGGACUUCUACACGCUGGAUGGGCUGGAAACUGUGCUCCAGCAGACCCUGACCAACUACACGGGAAUAACAAGCAGCUAUGACAAGAAAUUUGACGAAUAUAUCGAAUAUAUUAGAGAGGUCAUUCCCGACCAGCUAGACGCGUUCAUGCGUUCCGAGGCGCCUUAUGGCCCGGGGAACCAGUUCUUCCAGUGCACCUAUAACCAUAUUGGCCGGAAUAGUACCACGAGUUCAUGCCCCGGGGAUAUUGGUACUAAAUCGGGCUCCUACACGGUCUACUACGAGCUGAUGGAUGAGAAAGGGUUCUACGAUAGCCUGUCCGCUGACUAUGGCAUCGACCGGUCAUGGGUGCAGUUCGGGGAGCGCAAUUUCGACGAGACGUGUUCGCCCGUCAUGGAUAAGACGGGCUGCGUGGCGGUCCACGCCGAGUAUAUGGGAUAUCCCGUCGAGGCACCUACUAGCGCCAUUACUGUGACCAACCCCAAAGAUAUUAUGACCAAGGCCUUGCCAAACAUACAGAACCUCACAGCCACUAUCUCUGUGGCGAAGAUCGAGCUGGCACUAGGGUCAUGGCUCGGCGGCACGGACGAUCUCGUGCAAUCGCUGUCCAUGGCGGUCUUCAUGCUGAGCCAGGCUGUGACCAGCAUGCAAGAAGUGGUUGAGGUCGCCGACUCGUACGAGGCGACCCAGAAGAAGAAGAUGAUCAACGACAUUCUGAUGGGGGUGCUCCUGGUUGUGCCGUUUUUGGGCGAGUUGGACCUCGUUGCAGACGCCUUCGUCGGGCUGUCGCGGAUUAUUACGCUGCUUGGCGAUGCCGCGGUGGGUGCCACCGCAAUUUAUGCCAUUGUUGAAGACCCCAAGAUGGCCCCGCUCACUAUUAUGGAAACACUCCUAUUUAGUAGUAUGCGUAAUCCAGAUGAGUUCUCAGCCAUGGGCACAGCUCGGAGGGGCAUGAGCAAGGAUGAUAUCAAGAGCCUGGGCUCAGGGAUCGCAGGCCUAGACAAUCAAUUCCAGCGUAUUGUUGCGGGAUGUCUAGCCAAGUAA